GCCAAUUAUUGGAGUACAUACCUUUCUCCCCUUUGUAACCAUUACAAAAUAUUAAUAACCGCAACCUAUUCUUUUAUUCAAUGGAACCAGCAAAGACAAAGCAUGAACAUGAGGUUGAUGAAUUGCUAGAGGAGUUCGAUGAGAAGGUUAAACUUCAUGCAGAUGAUGUUCCAGAUGAGUUUCAAAACAAAGAUAAAGAUAACGAAAAGAUGAUAUCUACACCUAUUCAUACUGAAGAAAUGGACCAUAUUUUCAAUCAGUUUAAUGAAGAAACGAAUUCGUCCAACACGCAUGUGAGACGUCCUUCUCUUUCCAACAACGAUUUGCACAUAGUAACCGAUAUACCUCAACAAGAAAUACCCUUUGAUUUUAAUCGAUUUUUAGAACAAAUGAGAAGUCGUAACUCCAAGCCCAUUACUCGUUAUUUUAAGAGUUUUCUGCAAGCAUUUGAUCGUAGACCGUGGACGGCCAAUGAACAAAUCAAAAUUAUUCAAGACUUUUUGGACUUUAUAUUUAUAAAAAUGAGAGAGUGCGAUGUUUGGAAAGAUAUGUCUGAACAAGAAUUUGGAAACGCAAAGGAAGGAAUGGAGAAAUUAGUGAUGAAUCGAUUAUACCAUGUUACAUUCUGUCCAAAUACAACGGAUGAUAAAGAAAGAGAUGAGAUUUUGCAUCAAAAGAUAAGCAUAUUUCGAUGGAUCCGUGAAAAGCACUUAGACAUACCAGAGACUGAACACAAUGAAUCAUUUUUAUCCUUUGCGGAAUCUGAAAUUUUAAAAAUUAACAAUUAUAAGGCACCUCGAGAUAAAUUAAUUUGCAUUUUAAACUGUUGUAAAGUCAUAUUUGGAUUAAUCAAGCAUGUGGAAGGUGAUGCUGGUGCAGACAAAUUCUUACCGAUUUUAAUUUAUGUCGUAAUCAGAGCAAAUCCACCCAGAUUAGUAUCCAAUGUUCAAUAUAUCUAUCGCUUUCGAAAUCCAGAGCAACUUCAAGCAGAAUCUGGUUAUUAUUUAACCAAUUUGAUGGGCGCUAUCUCAUUUAUCGAAACAAUGGAGGCUAAUUCAUUAUCCAUCACCAAGGAAGAAUUCGACUUGAAUAUCGAAAGAACAAUGAGUGAAUUACAGCAAGAAAGACCUUCAAUUAUGCUGGAUAAACAACAGAUUAAUUAUGAAAAUGCAGUUCAUCCAUCCCGUAUACAAUCCCAACCUUUAUUGGAUCCUGCAAAAGCAUCGGCGUUAUUAGAACGAGGAAGUUUAUUUGCACAAAAGACGAUGCAGAGACCUCUAAGUUUUGUUGGCAAGAUAUUUCAAGGAUUGAGUGAUACAUCGGGUACAAGUAGUAGAGCAGAAAGUCCUGUGGAAGAGCAUCAGGAAACACCACUGCUUCCUCCCCGACCCAUGAUGCCAGAUCAGCAAUUGAUGAUGAUGCAACGACAACAAUUUGAUUCUAACCUUGAAACAUUGAGUAAUAUGUUUACCAAUGUGGAUAUCAGUGUAUGUAAACUCAUCUUGAAUACAAAUCAUGGUGAUUUGGCCAAAUCCGUUGACCAUCUGUUGGAUAUUUCCGGUACUCAGGAUACCAAUGCAGCAAUUCACAAUGCCUUAUUUUUACAAGCCUCAAUUCCAACCACAGUCCCUAACGAUACUCGCUAAUAAUUUUCUAAAGGGAAGGGGAAGAAAUCUUUUUUUAAAUCAUAAUGCUUGGCAUUGGGGGAUGAUGGAGAAAUUCUCAAAAUGUCUUGAGUGACGUAAUUUACGAAUAUU